UCAAGUCAGCUGUGCUGUAGGAGUGUCUAUUUGUCUAAUCGAUUUCUAACCUUACCUCUUCAAAGUGCAAAGUCCAAUAAUUAUUUUAGUUUAGUUUUAGAUUAAGUAUUUAUUUAAGAUUAUGAAGCUCAUAAAAAAUCAAAAAUAAUCAUAACUUACAAUAACAACUUUCAGUGCUUUCAAAUUUGUAGAGGUUAAAGUUAGGCCUGUAUAUUAAGGGUUUGGUAAUUAUGCGUACUAAUAACUCAGAUGGAAAUAUAAAUGAAAAUUGUCAAUUGGCUUCUUACAAAUCCAAGCAUGAGAACGAUGAUACCCCUGUAAAAAAUCCUGAUGAGAUUGCUGAAGGUAAACAGAAACUGCAAAGCUGGAUCAACAAACAUAUGAAGAUUGAAAUGACCGAUGGUAGAAUUCUUAUUGGGAUGUUUUUGUGCACAGACAGAGAUGGAAAUGUAAUUUUGGGAUCUUGCAGCGAGUACCUUAACCCUGAAGUAUGUGGAUUCUCUGAUGAACCAAGACUUCUUGGACUUGUGAUGGUUCCUGGUCGUCACAUUGUAAACAUUCAUUUUGAUAGUCAGCCAUCAGAAAAAGACAUCACAUAAACCUCGAUCAGAAAACAUAAUCCAGCUUGGCGGUUUUUUAUCAUUUAAAUUGUUGAAUCAUUGUGUAAAUCAUUUGUGGAGUCAUAUUACAAAUCAGUACAUUAAAAACACGUUUAUUUCUUU